AUGAAGAUGAUUGCCAGUAUGAUCAGGGUGCCACUCCGCCUCCUCCACGAGCUGAUGUCGUCGGUGAGAAGGUUGAAACCCACAUCGUUGUCGAUUGCUUUGAAACUAGAUCAACAGUGCGGCUUUGCUAUGCGCUAUUCAUGGUGCUACCGUGGAAAUACUUUAUUUGAAGAUGGUGAUGGUGCAAAUACAUUCCGUGCUUUUAACCCAACUCAAGCCGAAGAAACUUAUUCAAUGGUCACCGCCAACCGCUUUUGGUCCCAAAUCUUUGGGGUUGCUUUUUCUAAUAAACUAACCAGUUUAUGGAUGAGUGCUCUUGGAGUAGUCGGUCUAGCCCUAAACCUACGUGCCUAUGACUUCGUUUCUCAGGAAAUUCGCACAGCGGAAGAUCCUGAAUUUGAGACUUUCUACACCAAAAACAUUCUCUUAAACGAGGGUAUUCGUGCUUGGAUGGCGGCUCAAGAUCAGCCUCAUGAAAACCUUAUUUUCCCUGAGGAGGUUCUUCCCCGUGGAAACGCUCUUUAA